UCGGGGCUCCGCGUCUAGCUCGCGCCAGCGAGCAAAGGCAGCGGCUUUCGCGCUCGCGUCAUGCCGUCGCUGGCGGUGCUCACGCUCUUGGUCGCUGCGUCGAGACCCGCGCUCGUGGUCGGGACCCCGAACUGGGAGCUGGUUGACACGGCGCUGAGCGUGGCCGAGAGGAGCAUCGCUGCGAUAGGGCAACGCCGGCAGUACCUCUUCGACGACGUGUUCCUGGGGCUCAGAAUGGUCAUGGAUCAACUUCAGAUCGUUAUUCAUCGCCUGGAGACAUCGCACCCUGACGAGGACGCCGUGGGCUCUAGAAGUUCACCAGAAAGUGUCUUGUGGAGGCGAGCACUCGUCCGAAGCAAAGCGCUGGUCAAUGCCACCUCUGAGCUCUUUGACUGGGGCAUCGUGAGGUAUCAAAAGGUUCAGGACCCUCUCCAUAUGAAGGUCAUGCUCCCCUUGGUACGACCCGGCAGUUGGAGCUUUGAUUUCCCGGAACUACACGUCAACAACUCCCUCGUAACCUCGCCGGGUCGGGAGAGGACCUUCUCGGAAGCGUUCUCGGACUCCUGCGUCUACCAGCUAACACGGACAAGGAGUCCGGAUGAAUGCAAAAUCAGCAAUCCCUGUUUCGACUUUAUGACCCAACCGCACACCAGCCACUACUGGCUAACCCACCAGGUGUUUUAUACCCUCAUCGGAAUCAAGAGCGAAUGCCGGGACCGUCUUUUAUCGCUACUCGCUGAGCAUCAGGGAGGUCUCAAAAGCUUCUUGAUCAAGACGUGCAGUAACGUCAUGAGGGAUGCCCUCAACGCGAAGGACGAGGGCUUUCCGGAAACUCUACAGGAUCUCUUCAUCGAACAAAUUGGAUUCUGCGGAAUGGCCGGAUUCCCAGACUUCUACCGGCCGGAGUGGAUCCGGACGAUCCAGUCUUGGGAAAGAGAGGACGGCUGCUUCAGCGACCACAGAGACUGGGACCCUCAGAGAGCGUUUGAAAACCAUUUUCCUUUGCUCAGAAACAAACGAUCUGAGAUUUUUCUAAAAGACGACUGUAGGUUUCACAAGACAAUCCUAGGCGCCAUAACUAUGACUACUGGACUCAAGUUUCUACUCAGUUGAAGAGCGCUAUAGCUUCUCUACAGGCAUCAUGCGCAGCGUGGUUCGUCUAAAUAAAAGGUCACGUUUACCUCUAAAACCCCGA